GGAGGUAUUCGUGCAGUAGUAUGGAUUGAUCUCUUUCAGCUGAUUAUUUUCAUCGGUGGAUUCUGUUUCAUUACAGUAUUGAUUACUUUAAAAGUCGGUGGACUCCAACGUCUAUGGCGCAUAGUAAUAGAUGGUCAACGUCUUCAAUCUUUUGA